AUGACGGAUUUGAAAUCCCCGGCUACCGACAUGGCCCAGCCCUCGCCAGCACCAUCCAGUACAUCCCACGUUUCGAAGACGAGAUCAAGAUCUCGACCAGCUCGCCGCCGUCAAAAUUCGUCCCCCGCACCCCCCUCCUCUCCUCCAGGCCUACCAACACCGGCGUUCUCGCCCGAUGGCCCCAGCGAUCUCGACGAUGAGCUUCUCGAGGAUGAGGGGCUUUCCCCCUUUGACGCCCGCCGAAUUACGCCUACCCUCCAUGCAUCACUCGUCUCCGAGAUCCUUUCCCUUCGACGAGAGAUAGAAAACAAAACCAAGGCUAUCGAUUCCCUAGAACAGAGUUUGGACGAAUCACGAACAGAAAAUGAAACGCUGAGUGAGAGUCUGUCUCAGGCUACGCGCGAUGCGCGGUCCUUGAAGCAUCAGAUCCAACUUCUGGAAGGUGGAACGUCAUCAGCGAUGACGGAAUUGGCCCGCGAGCGAGACGAUGCCGUUGAGAACAUCAAUGACGUCCGCAAGAAAUUAGAGCAAACACAAAAAAGAGUGCGCAGCCGUGAAGAAGAUACUGAGCGCACCCAGGUGCUAUGGGAUAGGGAUCGAGAGAAAUGGGAGAACGAAAGGAGGAAUAUGGAACGCAAGGUCCACGUGGUGGAGGGCCGUCUCAAGACGGUGUUAAAUGAAUUUGCGGCGGCUCAGGAGGCCAAGAAACUUCAUUCACAAAUAAUUGAGAAUGGCGACAACGCGAAGGAGAAGAGCAAAAACAGUGACACCGCAAGUGUGGCCUCCAGCAGCCAGGGCCGUCGGCGUACCAGCCUGACCAGCAUGACGUCCGAUGAGGGCGAGCGUAACGAUUAUGCUCGAGCCGAUUAUCACAACGUGCGAUACUCGGUCAUGAGUCUUGCUCCUGGUGCUAAAUUUGAGUCGGGUCCGAAUUUGGCCGAAGAAUUGGACUUUGAUGAGGCGGAUGAGUUUGCUACCUCUGAUGAGGAGCUGCCGGAGGAACGCCCCCGCUCAGAAGCAUCUCAUACGGUCUCAUCGAAGGCUAGAAAGAUCUUAGGUCUUUCUAUUCAAAGUGUUGGGUCCUUUACAGCAGCCGAGUACCGAGCUUUGGACACGCCGAGUCCCACGAAGGUGCCAGAGGUAUCUGCGGAGUAUCGUGACAUGGGCAUUCAAUACUCUCCCCCUUCGUCACCCAAAAUUUUGGCCAUGAAAGAGGACAACCUUGCUGUUGUGCGAGACGAGCACAAGGGAAAGACCCCCGAGAUGAAGGAUUCUGCGACACUCACCAUUGUUGUCGAGAUGGUAUCGGCGUCAAGCCAGACAAUAGGGGAGCUUCCAAGCCCUCCAUGGACACCCAAGCUACCUGAUUCUAUAUCACUGGCUCAAGAUGGUGAAAGGGCUCUAGAGACAAUGGAGAUGACAUCAAUGUCGACACAAACUGACCCUAUUCCUGAAUCUGAGCCAGCCAAAAAAGAACAAGCCACCUUGUCACCCAACAGUAUGCCGGAAGAAAUGGACAUUCCAAUGAUCGCUAUCCAUCCUCCAGGCUCAGAACCACCAUCUCCCCGGAACAGCGUCGUUUUACCUCCCCAAACCAAGAAUGUGUCUGUGCAGGCCAAUUUUAGGCCGGUCAUUGAAGGCCGAUCUAUCGCCAUUCAGACAGAGGAGAUCCGUAUUGAUACGCGCAAACUCCCUGCCAGCCUUCUUCCCUCUGCCAUUCCAGACUUACCCAUCCAAGCCGAAGCACGAGAAAUUGUGUACCAACCAUACAGACCGCCUGUACCUCCGCCACGGUCUGCCAAGCGAGAACAGCAACGUGCUAACCACCCUGAACGUCCGGCGAGACCACUGCCCGCACCGCCAUCCGAGCCUAUUCAAGCCUACCCAGGCAAUAAUGAUAAUGGUCCACUGUCAGAUGAAGUGGCUUCUGGCAUACGGAGACCUUUCCGGUCCAGCAGUUUGUUUGCCGGCUUUGAACAACUGAGCGAUGAUGAAGGCCCUCACGGUGAAGAGCGUGACAUCUUCACCGAUGACGAGCUCUUGAACAGACCAUUUGCUGCAUACAAGAUUCGGCGCGGUAAACUGGUCAAUGCUAAGUCGAGAGCCAGUCUAGAUUCCAUGGGUCUUCCUGAGAUUGACGAGCAUCUCUCAGAUCCUGAAUCUCGACCAUCAGACCUUGGUCGUAGUUCUUCUCGCGCCACUCAGCGAUCUAGCGCAACUCCCUCCAGCAGCCGUCAGCCUGGCAUGCGUAAGAUGGCCAUGAUCUCUAAUGGUGCAGCGACGCACCAAAGGAUUCGUCCCCGCAGCCCAAGCGAACCAAGCCUCGAUAGCGGCAGUGCAGGAUCAAGCAUUGCUCCUCCAUUCCCUGUCCCGAUUCGACUAAGCUCACGUAAGGUCCCCUUAGAUGGCAGUGAUGGACCUCCCAGUCCUACUCGCUCUGCUGGGAGACAUUUCUCGGACCGCGGCCGUGCGACGGUUGUCCGUCGGCCGACCUUGCGCCGAGUGCGAUCUGCAGCUGCAAUGUCAAACUCGGAUCUUCCAGAGCAACCAGAGACCCUAUCCUCCCCGGCGCGCUCGGCCGACUCGUUUGUGCCGGACAGUCCGUUCCGUGCACCUCCCAUGCCAUUUGAUGAUAUUACGGCUCCAUAUGAGCGGCGAAAUGCCCAAAACGAGUCUCACAUCGACUCGACUGGUGGCGUACAACCGACCAGCGUCGUGGAUGCCAUUGCGCAAACUAUGGUCGGCGAGUGGAUGUUCAAGUAUGUACGUCGCCGUAAGUCUUUCGGUAUGGGCGAGUCCAAGGACAGCUGGGAAGGUAAAAACCCAGACGAGGUAUCGGCCCAUAUCACCAACAGCGGUGUGCGGCAUAAGCGAUGGGUUUGGCUUGCGCCAUAUGAAGGUUCUAUCAUGUGGAGCAGCAAGCAGCCAACCAGUGGACCUGCUUUGUUGGGCAAGAGUGGCAGGAAGUUUACGAUCCAAUCCGUCUUGGAUGUCAAGGAUGACAACCCCCUACCCAAAGGCGCGGGCUCUCCGGCCCCCUUCAAUCGCUCCAUUCUGGUUCUGACCCCUCAGCGGGCGCUCAAAUUCACCGCGCUGACCGUUGAGCGCCACUAUGUCUGGCUGACAGCUUUGUCCUUCCUGAGCCAUUCCUCCAUUGGCCUGCACGAACUGGCCGCACUGCCACCCGCCCCGCGAGAGGAGGCAUCUCCCACACUCCCGCAAGCUUCCCUGCGACGUAACCCGAUCCGCGACUCCAUUCGCGUGGCUAAAGGUCGGCCUCGACCCAUGCCCAAGGGUAAACGCUCAUUCCCGGGGACAGCGAUGCCCGAAUUACCACCUGAUAGUCUGGACAUGGCUGCAGAUGCACCUCACGUCCCGCGCUUCUCCAACCACAACCGCAAGCGCAGCAACACCGCCCCGCGACCACCAGCUAUCCCCACCAUCCGUAGCUUCUCCAGCCAGGGCACCAUGCCCUCGUCGCAUAGCGGCACGACCAUCGGUUCUGUCGAGCCACACUACUCGACUGGACCGCCUCCCAACCUUCCCCCCGGCAGCGGCAGCGGACGAAGCAGCAUCAGUCGUCGCACUUCCGAGGCCAGUGGCCGUACCACGCACACAACUGCCAGUAACAUGUUUGACAUUGGCACUGUGCGCAUGGAAGCCUUCAUUGAUCAUCACGCGCAGGAAAUUAACCGUCCUCGCGGCGCACCAGUUGCCCGCUCUCGACACACCCGCAAGAGCUCCAGCAACUGGAGUGGACCCGACUAUGACGCACCUUCCAUCCACGGCAGUGAAAUGUCCUUCCGAUCAGACCCCUUUCGCGGCUUUUAA